AGGGAGGCAGAGAGGUGGAGGGAGAUACAGCGAUAGACAAGAACACACCAGAGAUUAUACUUGAUGCCCCUCUCGGCGAGAUGGUUGAGUCCACGUCAAGGUUGCUGCCGCUGCUGUGCUAUCCUCAAAUCCACUGCUCACUUUUAGCUUCGUUCUCAGCGUCUGGCACAGCACUACGGAUCGCUGUCUCUGGCUGAAAAGGAAUACUUCCCAAACCUACAUACAUGUUUAGUUGUAAAUAUGAAAACUGUGCAUAGAGACGGAUACUACGCGGGAUCUAUCGAACUAUCUGACAUGAUCAAUAGAAGAUGCGUUAAAUGCUGCCGGGCGGAUUUAGUUCAAUCUAGAACCAUGAGGAUUAGAACUGGAAUUAUAUUCUGGAAUCUCAUAUUUUCAAUGAUGUUCUCGUGUGUGAAAGGGUUCAUUCAUACGUGUGGAGGGACAUUAAAAGGAAAGAACGGUACCAUAGAAAGCCCAGGUUUCCCAUACGGAUAUCCCAACGGGGCCAACUGUACCUGGGUAAUAGUAGCAGAACAAAUGAACAGGAUUCAUAUUGUUUUUCAAUCUUUCGCUGUGGAAGAGGAAUACGAUUUUUUAUCUUUGUAUGACGGACACCCACAUCCGGCACACUUCCGGACGAGGUUAACAGGAUUUCAGAUCCCACCUCCCGUCACCAGCACAGGGCCCAUAUUUUCACUACGGCUUACCAGUGACUUUGCAGUAAGCGCUCAUGGAUUUAAGAUGGCUUAUGAAGAGUUAAGGAGCAGCGCCUGUGGGAACCCUGGUGUUCCACCUAAAGGCAUCCUAAACGGAACACAGUUCAACAUCGGGAACACGAUCCGCUACAGGUGUGUGACGGGCUACGUGUUGGACGGUCACUCACUCCUUACCUGUGUCCUCAACACAGGCAAUAUGGCCGUCUGGGACUUCCCUGUCCCCAUCUGCAGAGCUGAGGACACGUGUGGAGGUACGCUAAGGGGGUCCAGUGGGAUCAUCUCCAGCCCUGAAUCCCUCAGUGACCUCUCCAACGCUGGGGAAUGUAAGUGGACGGUGCUGGCUGACCCUGGAGACACCAUCUCACUGGUAUUCACUGACUUCCAGAUGGAGGACAAACACGACUAUCUGGAGGUAGAAGGAUCAGAGCCGCCCACUAUCUGGUUAUCUGGUAUGAAUAUACCAGCACCCAUCAUCAGCAACAAGAACUGGCUAAGACUCCAUUUUGUGACCGACAGGAAUCAUCGACAUAAAGGAUUCACACUUCAGUAUCAAGUGAAAAGCUCUGGAGAGCUGAAAUCCAGAGGGGUAAAGUUACUUCCGGGAAAGGACAACAAUAACAAAUUGUCUUUGAUGAACGAAGGAGGAAUUAAACAGGUGUCCAAUUAUUGCCCGGACCCGGGGGAACCUGAGAACGGCAAACGCACAGGCUCUGACUUCAGCAUUGGAGCGAGGGCUCAGUUUACCUGUGAUGAGGACCAUGUGCUGCAGGGCUCCAAAACCAUCACCUGUCAGAGGGUGGCUGAGGUGUUCGCUGCCUGGAGCGACCACAGACCUGUCUGUAAAGUGAAAACGUGCGGAUCGACACUCCAGGGUCCAUCGGGGAUUUUCACCUCUCCCAAUUUCCCCAUCCAGUACGAGAGUAAUUCCCACUGUGUGUGGAUUAUCACUGCUAGUAACCCCAAUAAGGUUAUCCAGAUCAACUUUGAGGAGUUUGACCUGGAGAUCGGCUAUGACUCGUUAACCAUCGGAAACGGAGGGCAGGUUGGAGACUCCAGAACAAUAAUACAGGUCCUGACAGGCAGCUUCGUGCCUGACCUUAUUGUCAGCAUGUCCCAUCAAAUGUGGCUCCACCUUCAGUCUGAUGAGAGCGUGGGCUCUAUCGGCUUCAAGAUCAACUAUAAAGAGAUUGAUAAGGAGAGUUGUGGGGACCCAGGCACACCUCUGUAUGGCUUCCAGGAGGGCAGUGGGUUUCUGAACGGGAACGUGCUGCGGUUCGAGUGCCAGUUUGGCUUCGAGCUGAUUGGAGAGAGGAUGAUCACCUGUCAGAACAACAACCAAUGGUCUGCUAACAUCCCCAUGUGCAUAUUCCCAUGUUUCUCCAACUUCACGGCGGCCGUGGGCACUGUGCUGUCCCCUGACUACCCAGAGGGCUAUGGGAACAACCUGAACUGUGUGUGGAUCAUCAUCUCUGAACCCGGCAGCCGGAUCCACCUGGCCUUCAACGACUUUGACCUGGAGCCUCCAUACGACUUCCUCACCGUGAAGGACGGAGACCAGACGGGCUCGUCCAUCCUGGGGAGAUACUCGGGUGCCGAGGUUCCCUCUCACUUCAGCUCCAACAGCAACAUACUACAGCUGGAGUUCCAGGCAGACCACUCCAUGUCCGGAAGAGGAUUCAACAUCACCUACAGCACAUUUGGCCACAACGAGUGUCCGGACCCAGGCGUCCCUCUGAACGCCAGACGGUUCGGGGACAGUUUCCAGCUGGGUAGCUCUGUCUCUGUGGUCUGUGAGGAGGGUUUCAUCAAGACCCAGGGUGCUGACACUAUUACCUGCCAGCUGGAAGGGGGCAAGGUCAUGUGGAGCGGACCCAUCCCUAAAUGUGAAGCUCCAUGUGGAGGCCACUACUCUGCUCCAUCUGGAGUGAUCCUGUCCCCAGGGUGGCCUGGAUACUACAAGGACUCUCUCAGCUGUGAGUGGGUCAUCGAGGCGACGCCCGGACGCUCUGUCAAGAUCAGUUUUGACAGGUUCCAGACGGAGCUCAGCUAUGACUUCCUGGAGGUGCAUGAUGGUCCCAACCUGCUCUCUCCUCUGAUUGGCUCGUUCAACGGGACCCAGGUCCCCCAGUUCCUGUUCAGCAGUAGUAACUUCAUCUACCUCCUCUUCACCACCGACAACAGCAGAUCCAACAGCGGCUUCAAGAUCUUCUACGAGAUUGUGACGUUGGACACAUCAUCAUGCAUGGACCCUGGGAUCCCGGUGAACGGCGUGCGGUACGGCCAUGACCUGGCCAUCGGGUCCACAGUGUCGUUCCAGUGUGACCAGGGAUACAGGCUCAGUCAUGAGGAACCACUGGUCUGUGAGACGAACCACUGGUGGAGUCAUCCUCUGCCCACAUGUGAUGCAUCGUGCGGUGGGGACGUGGAGGGACCUGGUGGUAUCAUUCUGUCUCCUGGAUAUCCAGAACUACCUAACUCUCUAAACUGCACCUGGACGGUGGAGGUCGGACAUGGGAAAGGGGUCCAGUUCAUGUUCCAUUCCUUCCACUUGGAAGAUCACCACGACUACCUUCUGAUCACUGAGAACGGCAGCUUCGUCGUGCCGUUAGCUCGCCUCACCGGCUCCGAGCUCCCAGCGCCCAUCAACGCAUGAGCCUCACGGGAACUACAAGGCUCAGCUUGCUUCAUCUCAGACUUCUCUAUUUCCUUUCAAGGAUUCAACAUCUCUUUCUCAGAGUAUAAUCUGGAGCCAGUGCGAGGACCCCGGACCCCCAGGUUUGGCUGGCACACAGGCAUCAGCUUUGGCAUCGGAGACUCGCUGGUUUUCUCCUGCAAUACGGGCUAUCGCCUGAAGGGGGCGAGGAGAUCUGGUGCCUGGGAGGCGGAGCGCCGCAUGUGGAGUGCCCCUCUGCCAAGGUGUGUGGCGGAGUGCGGAUCAACCGUUUCCAACAGCGAAGGAGUCCUGUUGUCUCCCAACUACCCACUAAACUACGACAACAGCCACGAGUGUGUCUACAGCAUUCAGGUGGAGACAGGAAAGGGCAUCAACGUCUCAGCAAGCACUUUCCAACUGGCACAAGGAGACAUUCUCAAGGUCUAUGAUGGAGGGGACAGUGCUGCUGCUGUUCUGGGUACCUUCACCGGCUCCACCAUGUUAGGCCUGGUCCUCACCUCCACCUCCAAUCAUCUGUGGCUGGAGUUCUACUCAGACCAGGAGCACACAGCAGGGGGCUUCAGACUCAGCUACUCCAGUUUUGAUCUGUCUCACUGCGAGGAUCCCGUGCCUCAGUUUGGGUUCAAAGUCAGCGACCAGGGGCACUUCGCUGGCAGUGCCAUCACGUACGGCUGCGACCAAGGUUAUUCCCUGCACGGAAGUGGCAUACUCAAGUGCAUGACCCGAGAGAGAAGAGCAUGGGACAACCACCUCCCCUCAUGCAUAGCGGAGUGUGGCGGUAGGUUCAAAGGUGAGUCUACAGGGCGCAUCCUGUCUCCUGGAUAUCCCUUUCCUUACGACAACAACCUGCACUGUACCUGGACCAUCACAGUCAACUCUGGCAACAUCGUCAGCCUCCAGUUCCUGGCGUUCGACACGGAGGCAUCUCACGACAUCCUGGAGGUUUGGGACGGACCAGCAGAAAAUGAGAUGUCUCUGAGGGAGGUGUCUGGCUCCCUGCUCCCCGAGGGGAUUCACAGCACCCUCAACGUCGUCACCAUUCAGUUCCAGACUGACUUCUACAUCACCAAGUCUGGCUUCGCCAUCGACUUCUCAAGUUCAGUGGCGACAGCCUGCAGAGAUCCAGGCAUGCCUAUGAACGGCAGUCGUAACGGAGAGGGGAGAGAACCAGAUGACACGGUGACCUUUUCCUGUGAUCCAGGAUAUGAGCUGCAGGGAGAGAGCAAGAUCACCUGCAUCCAGGUGGACAACAGAUACUACUGGCAGCCCAGCCCUCCCAGCUGCAUUGCUCCCUGUGGAGGUAAUGUAACGGGAUCAUCAGGAUUCAUCCUCUCUCCCAACUUCCCCCUCCCCUACCCGCACAGCAAAGACUGUGAUUGGCUGAUCGCUGUCCACUCAGACUACGUCAUAUCGCUGGCUUUUAUCAGUUUCAGCAUCGAGCCCAACUACGACUUCCUGUAUAUCUACGACGGACCAGACAGCAACAGUCACCUGAUUGGUAGUUUCCAGGAUAGCAAGCUUCCAGAGAAGAUAGAGAGCGUCUCUAACUUUAUGCACCUGGCCUUCCGUAGCGACGGCUCAGUGAGCUACCAAGGCUUCCAUCUGGAGUAUAAAGCUAAACUGCGGGAGGCUUGCUUUGAUCCCGGGAACGCUAUGAACGGGACACGCCUGGGGAAUGACUACAAGCUGGGCUCCACAGUGACGUUCAGCUGUGAGGCGGGCUAUCUGUUACAAGGACACUCCACACUGACCUGUAUGAUGGGAAACAGCAAGAGGCCUGAGUGGGACCGAGCCAGGCCCAGCUGUCAAGCACCGUGCGGAGGCCGCUCGACAGGGUUAGAGGGGACCGUCCUGUCCCCAAAUUACCCCCGUAAUUAUACCCAGAGUCUGACCUGCGUCUACCACAUCUUUGUCCCCGGGGACUUUGUGCUGUUUGGCCAGUUUGUGGUGUUUCAGACGUUGGUGAGUGAUGUUGUGGAAAUCUAUGACGGACCAACUCCAGACUCUCCUGUCCUCUCGUCCAUCUACGGCUCUCACUCAGGAGAGACUCUACCUUUAAGUUCUGGGAACAAAAUCACCGUCAAGUUCACCACCGUGGGUCCAGAGACAGCCAAGGGAUUCCACUUUGUUUAUCAAGCUGUCCCCAGGACCAGUGCAUCCCAGUGCAGCUCUGUGCCGGAGCCCAGGUUUGGGAAGCGGAUAGGGAACGACUUUGGCAUUGGCACGGUGGUGCUGUUUGAAUGCAAUCCAGGCUACGCUCUGCACGGCGCCACUGCCAUCAGGUGUGAGGCCAUCCCUAACACUGUGGCUCAGUGGAACGGCACUGUGCCCACCUGCAUAGUUCCCUGUGGAGGGCUGCUGACAUCUCGUAAGGGAACCAUCCUUUCUCCUGGUUACCCAGAGCCCUACGCCAACUAUCUCAACUGUAUCUGGAAGGUCUCUGUGCCAGAGGGAACAGGCAUCCAAAUCCAGGUCAUAACCUUUGCCACGGAACACAACUGGGACUCCUUGGACUUUUUCGACGGCGUCGAUGGCAACGCUCCAAGGCUUGGCAGCUACUCAGGUACGACCAUCCCCCAGCUCCUGAACAGCACCUCCAACAACAUCUACCUGACCUUCCAGUCCGACAUCAGUGUGUCUGCAGCAGGCUUCCACCUGGAGUAUACAGCAAUAGGUUUGGAUUCAUGCCCAGAACCUCAGCACCCCCUCAACGGUGUCAAUGUGGGCCAGCGCUUUACUGUGGGGGACAUGGUUUCCUUUCAGUGUGACCAAGGCUACUCUCUGAAGGGUAAUGAAUACAUAACGUGUAUGCCAGGGCCCGUCAGACGAUGGAAUUACCCCGUACCUCUGUGCUUAGCUCAGUGUGGAGGCUCUAUGACAGAGUUCAGUGGAGUGAUCCUGAGUCCAGGCUUCCCAGGGAAUUACCUCAGCAGUCUGGACUGUAGCUGGAGCGUACAGCUCCCCGUGGGCUUCGGCAUUCACCUGCAGUUUCUAAACUUCUCUACUGAAGCGGUGCAUGACUAUCUGGAGGUGCGGAGCGGGAGUUUGGAGACGGGUUCUGUGAUCGACAGGUUCAGUGGGUCCGUUGUGCCUGGCUCUCUGUUCAGCACCACACAUGAGACCAGCUUCUUGUUCCACAGUGACUACUCUCAAAACAAACCUGGCUUCCACAUCAUCUAUGAGGCCUAUGAGCUCCAGCGCUGCCCUGACCCGAGGCCGUUCCGUAACGGCGUGGUGAUAGGCCGAGACUUCGGGGUGGGCCUGACCAUCUCGUUUGAAUGCCUGCCAGGUUACACCCUGAUAGGAGAGGUCUCACUCACCUGCCUGCAUGGGGUCAGCAGAAACUGGAACUACCCUGUACCAUGCUGUGAAGCCCAGUGUGGUGGUAAUAUCACGUCUCUGAAUGGGACCAUCUAUUCUCCCGACCACCCAGCAGAGUACCCUAACUUCCAGGACUGUCUGUGGAGUGUACGGGUUCCCCCAGGGAAUGGUAUCUACAUCAACUUCACCGUUCUCAACACUGAACCCAUCUACGACUACAUCACCGUCUGGGACGGCCCUGACCAAGGCUCUCCUCAGAUUGGUCAGUUCAGUGGGAACACGCCCCAGAAAGCGGUCUAUACCACAGCCAAUCAUGUCCUCAUCAAGUUCCACAGUGAUUUCAGCACUAGCGGGUUCUUUGUACUUAGUUACCAUGCAUACCAACUGAGAGUGUGUCAGUCUCCUCCAGCUGUUGCCAACGCAGAAAUCCUCACAGAACAUGACGAGUUUGAAAUAGGGGACAUCAUCCGGUACCAGUGCCUGCCAGGGUUCACCCUGCUGGGCUCGGAGAUCCUGACGUGCAGGCUGGGGGAGAGGCUCCAGAUGGACGGCCCUCCACCUCUUUGUCAAGUACAAUGUCCUGCUAACGAGGUCCGCUUCGACUCUACGGGGGUGAUCCUGAGUCCUGGCUACCCAGACAGUUACCACAACCUCCAGACGUGUUCCUGGCUCAUCAACGUAGAGAAGGGCUACAACAUCACCCUCCACUUCCAGCUCUUCCAGACAGAGAAGGAGUUUGACAUCCUGGAGAUAUUUGACGGUCCUAACAUCUACAGCCAGAGCCUGGCGUCCCUCAGCGGUGACAUCACCACGCCCUUUAACCUCACGACCUCUGGUCAUCAGUUGCUUCUGCGCUGGUCGUCUGACCACGGCACCAACAGGAAGGGCUUCCACGUCAGAUAUGUGGCGUUGUACUGCAGUACUCCAGACUCCCCCCAGCAGGGUUUUGUAGUGAGCCAGACUGGAGGACAUCUCAACAGUGUGGUUCGUUGGGGCUGUGACCGGGGCUACCGGCUUAUUGGAAAGGCCACAGCUGUCUGUAAGAAGACGGCCUAUGGGUAUUAUACCUGGGACUCAACGGUACCUGCAUGUCAAGCCGUGUCGUGUGGAGCGCCCACUGCGCCCCUGAAUGGAGGUGUGCAGGCUGUUGAUUACUCCGUUGGUACACGUUUAACCUACUUCUGCAACAACGGCUUCAGGCUCUCCUCCAAGGACCUCACCACCACCGUCUGCCAGCCUGAUGGCACAUGGAGCAACCACAACAAAAUACCCCGCUGUCCAGUGGUGGUAUGUCCCAGUCUGGGCUCCUUCUCUCUGGACCACGGGAAGUGGACGAUCGUCAACGGGUCCAGCUAUGAGUUCAGAACCAAGGUGGUCUUCAGCUGUAACCCGGGUUACUACCGGCUCGGCCCCGCUCACAUCCAGUGCUUGGCCAAUGGGGCGUGGAGCUGGAGGAACGAACGACCUCGAUGCAGAAUCAUUUCCUGUGGAGAGCUGCCCACUCCUCCUAAUGGGAGAAAGAUUGGAACUCAAACUACCUUUGGAGGGUCGGCCAUCUUCAGCUGCAACCCUGGAUACAUCCUGGUGGGAUCCACCGUGAGGGAGUGCAUGCUGUCAGGACUGUGGAGCGGCAUAGAGACUCAAUGCCUGGCUGGUCACUGUGGUAUCCCGGAGCAGAUUGUGAACGGCCAGGCGAUAGGGGAGAACUUUGGUUACAGAGACACCGUGGUCUACCAGUGUAACCCAGGCUUCAGACUCAUAGGAUCCUCAGUACGCAUCUGCCAGCAAGACCACCUCUGGUCCGGACAGCUGCCGCUUUGUGUCUCAAUCACAUGUGGCCAUCCAGGCAGUCCCAUCUAUGGGAGAACUACAGGGGAUGGAUUCAACUACAACGAUGUGGUCAGCUUCUUCUGUAACCAAGGCUACGUACUGGAGGGAGUGUCCAGAGCCCAGUGCCAGGCGAGCCGCCAGUGGAGUCAACAGCCGCCUACAUGUAGAGUGGUGAACUGCACAGACCCAGGCAUCCCAGCUAACUCUAUCAGGGAGAGUAAGAUAGAGCACGGUAACUUCACGCUGGGCAGUGUGGUGUUCUACACCUGUAACCCUGGAUACUACUUGUUUGGUUCCUCUGCGCUGACCUGUCAACCUAUUGGCCACUGGGACAAACCUCUACCUGAAUGUCUUGAGGAGGACUGUGGAAACCCUGGCUCUCCUCCCUACGGUACCAUGGUUGGGGAAAAGUUCUCGUUUGGCUCCACGGUGCAGUACUCCUGUUCAGGGGACAGAGAGCUGAUUGGAGAGUCAUCACUCACCUGUCAAAUCAAUGGACACUGGAGCGGCCCCAUACCUCACUGUUCAGGAGACUCUGUAGGCAGCUGUGGGGACCCUGGUACACCCGUCCAUGCAAGCAGAGAGGCCAGCAACUUCCAUCUGCGUAGUAAAGUCCGCUUCACCUGCGCUGUGGGACACACACUGUAUGGCUCAGCUGAGAGGAUCUGCUUUCCCAAUGGAACCUGGUCUGGGAGACAGCCCUUCUGCAAACCGGUGCACUGUGGUAACCCGGGGACCCCUGCUCACGGCCGUAUUUUCCGGGUCGACGGUACGACCUUCACCCACUCUGUAGUCUACUCCUGUAUGGAUGGAUACCUCCUCUCAGGCACGCCCACCAGACACUGUCUGGCCAACGGCACCUGGUCCGGCACCGCUCCUAACUGCACCAUGAUCAGCUGUGUAGACCCAGGUGUUCCUGCUAAUGGUCUGAGGUUUGGAGAGGACUUCACUGUGGGCCAGAACAUCACCUUCAUGUGCCAGCCUGGCUACCUGAUAGAGGCAGGCGGGGCCACAACUCGCACCUGUACCCACAAUGGCACCUGGAGCGCCAUCACACCCAUCUGCAAAGUGGUGACCUGCCCUGCGCCUCCUCCCAUCCACAACGGGCUCCUGGAGGGAUCCGUGUUUGAGUGGGGUACCAGCGUGAGCUACAGCUGCCUGCCCGGGUACCAGCUCUCCUUCCCGGCUAUCCUCACCUGUGUGGGCCUGGGCUCCUGGAGAGGAGAUCUGCCUCAGUGUCUGCCCAGGUUCUGUGGAGACCCUGGUACCCCAGCCAGGGGAAAAAGAGAAGGACGUAGUUUAAUCUACAAGUCUGAGGUUACCUUCAGCUGUAGUGCCCCCUAUGUCCUGGUGGGGUCAACUACACGCAUCUGUCAGGACGACAGCACCUGGAGCGGCUCUCAGCCACGAUGCAUAGAACCAUCCAGGACGACCUGUGAGAACCCGGGAACACCUGAAUACGGCUCCAUGAACAUCAGCCUGGGCUUCAAGGUGGGCAGUAAGGUGGAGUUCCAGUGCCAGCAGGGCCACCUACUCCAGGGUUCCACCACCCGACUCUGCCUGUCUGACCUCACCUGGAGCGGCUCUCAGCCAACAUGCAUCCCCCACUCGUGUAAGCAGCCCAAGUCCCCUCCCAAUGCAGAUGUGGUUGGGAUGGAGCUGGCUCCGUAUGGCUACACCCUGCUCUACUCCUGCCAGCCUGGCUUCAUCCUGUCUGGGGGGUCAGAACACAGGGUCUGCAGGUCUGAUGGAAGCUGGACCGGUAAGGUCCCCAUCUGCAGAGUGGGCUCCAAACUGACAGAGAAACCUACCGCAACCUUACAGGGAACGCCAAGCCCCAACAUACACGUCCCUGAUGACGUCUUCGCCCCUGAUUUCAUCUGGAGAGGCUCCUAUGAUUAUAAGGGUCAGAAACAACCGAUGACUCUGACUAUCAGUAGUUUUAACAGCAGCACGGGAAUAGUGAACGGGACUCUAACCGACAGCAACAUGGAAUUCCUGCUGUCUGGAGUGUAUAAGAACCGUGAGGCCAGGUUAAUGCUGCUGCUGUACCAGAUGAAAGCCCUGUCCCACAGCACGUAUAGCCGGGUUACCGAGGAGACCUGGGCUAUGGAUGGUUUUGUCUCAGCUGAACCUGACGGUGGCAGUUUUGUAUUCCAAGGCUUCAUACAGGGGAAAGACUAUGGACAGUUCGGGAUGCAGAGACUAGGUAUGAAGGUGAGAGAGACCAACAUCACAACUACAGCUCCUCCUCAUGUCACCAACAGUAGCUCUAUGGCCAUAGCCAUCCUGGUACCUUUCUUUGGCCUCGUGUUGGCAGGCCUGGGAUUCUAUCUCUACAAACAACGGAAAACAGAUCAGACCCAGUACACCGGCUGUUCAGUCCACGAGAACAACAACGGCCAGGCGACGUAUGAGAACCCCAUGUACGACACCAACACCAAGUCUGCGGAGGGGAAAGUGGUUCGCGACCCCAACCUCAACACCGUGUGCACUGUGGUUUGAAGAUGUGUGUGUGUGUCCAAACGCGCCGGGGUUUGACGAUAGUUUGCCGAACAGAAAGCUUGUUCAGAAAUGCGGCACUGGUUUGAUGCAACACUCCGCACCGCGGUUUAACGAUGGUGUUUGACGUGUGCGACGAACGGAAUUGCUUGAGAGUUCUUUUGGUUUUUCAAAAAUGGAUGUCUUGUCUUUAUAAUAUCUCUCUGCAACGAGUUUCUGAAGACUGCACAGCACAGCCUCGGGAAACAGGACAGCAAAGCACACCUUCAGGAACAAUAGUUGUGUGUGUGUGUGUGGAUGAUGGAUGGGUGAAUCAGCAAGCAGUGUUCAAAAUGACACUGUCCUCUUUUAAAACACAUGUUCACCUGAUUGGUGAAGUUAUUCCUAACUACACUCUGAGAGUGGAUGCUAUGUGAAUAACGCCGUCCGACAUGUUGGUACACAGAGUUGUUUACGCUCUAGUCAACAUCAAACAAUGGAGCGUUGUUAAGGCAACCAAAUGGAACCCUAGUCUUUUCCAUUUGUAGUUAUCAGACCUGGGUUCAAAUACUAUUCCAAUUCCUUUAGCCUUUGUUCUAGUCUGCCUCGGAGUGCCAGAGGGGUGGAGGGGGUUUGUCCUUUUGCGACUAUUCUUUAUGGUUCGAUUGCGACAAGUAAGCUCAAUAAAGCCCAAAUAAAGUAUUUUAAAUGAUAUCGAUCGAUCGAUUUUAUAGGACAUAUUUAAAAUACAUAUAGAGUUGACUCAUUCGUCUGAUCACAACAAUACAAUACAAAUGUAUCAAAUCUUACUUGAACCCAGGUCUGUCUGCUAGUUUUUUUCCCCCUCAGUAGUAGUAGUAUCUAUCCCCUCUCUCUGCAUGGCUAGGUUUAAUUCCCCUGGAUCUGAUUUUAGAAAGUGUCUCAGACUUAAGGCCUCAAUCAGAUCAAGCAUUAACCGGCGAUACCAGACACCCACAUACCUGAUGAUUUAGCGAUGUCAGAGGUGGAACUGCGUUGGAGCUGUCAAAGGAAGUGGAACUGCGUUGGAGCUGUCAAAGGAAGUGGAACUGCGUUGGAGCCGUCAAAGGAAGUGGAACUGCGUUGGAGCCGUCAAAGGAAGUGGAACUGCGUUGGAGCUGUCAAAGGAAGUGGAACUGCGUUGGAGCCAUCAAAGGAAGUGGAACUGCGUUGGAGCUGUCAAAGGAAGUGGAACUGCGUUGGAGCUGUCAAAGGAAGUGGAACUGCGUUGGAGCCGUCAAAGGAAGUGGAACUGCGUUGGAGCCGUCAAAGGAAGUGGAACUGCGUUGGAGCCGUCAAAGGAAGUGGAACUGCGUUGGAGCUGUCAAAGGAGGUGGAACUGCGUUGGAGCUGUCAAAGGAAGUGGAACUGCGUUGGAGCCGUCAAAGGAAGUGGAACUGCGUUGGAGCCGUCAAAGGAGGUGGAACUGCAUUGGAGCUGUCAAAGGAAGUGGAACUGCGUUGGAGCUGUCAAAGGAAGUGGAACUGCGUUGGAGCUGUCAAAGGAAGUGGAACUGCGUUGGAGCCGUCAAAUCGAUGAGCAGCUGCUCUUGUGAUCAUUGUCAUGAAGCCAAACCCCGCCCCACUCGCGUUAGAAAUUCAGACCGCGAAAGUGUAGGUUAUAUCGAUAUGAUAAAAUCAUCAAACUAAAUAAUGAUGAUUUCUAUCAGCCUAAUCGAGGUGUGGAUUAUAUCUCACAUUCCAGUGUUCAAACUUGUAAACAAGGCUGCAUUGGAUUUCUCUUAAUGAGACUCUGUGUAGCCAAUGACAAGGUAUAAUGCCGGGAGCCGCUUGUGGAUUUGACAGCUCUAAAGCAGUUCCACCUCCGACACAUCAAAACAUCAGCGAUGCGGAUGUUGGCUAAAGCGAAUCUAAUUUGAACGUAAGAGUUCCUCUCAGCGUGAGUCGAUCAAAGUGAUCUGUGCUGUUCAUUUCCCACCCUGUGUGAUGUCAGAGAGAGACAGGGAAACAAGAAAGGCCCGUCUCGCUCUUUGAAUACUGUUCUGUACUGUCAGUGUAUGUAAUAUCACAGUACUGGACGCCAAUGAUACUUAAGAUUGGAUGUGUCGUGUGUCUACCCUGACUGAGAACUUAAUUAAGGAUGUGUUAUGUCUCUACCCUGACUGAGAACUUAAUUAAGGAUGUGUCAUGUGUCUACCCUGACUGAGAACUUAAUUAAGGAUGUGUUAUGUCUCUACCCUGACUGAGAACUUAAUUAAGGAUGUAUCAUGUCUCUACCCUGACUGAGAACUUAAUUAAGGAUGUGUUAUGACUCUACCCUGACUGAGAACUUAAUUAAGGAUGUGUCAUGUGUCUACCCUGACUGAGAACUCAAUUAAGGAUGUGUUAUGUGUCUACCCUGACUGAAAACUUAAGGAUGUAUCAUGUCUCUACCCUGACUGAGAACUUAAUUAAGGAUGUGUUAUGUGUCUACCCUGACUGAGAACUUAAGGAGAAAUGUUAUCAUCAAAGUACAGUAUUUUCUUUGUGUGAUGGAGAGAACAUGAAUUUCCUUUUUUCUGAGUCAAGGUUUUUUGGGGGGGUGAGUUUUGAGAUAGUUGUGUAUCCUCUAGCCAAUGAGUCUGAGAGAGUUACUGCACAUGCUGUACAUGUUGCUCUGUGUCUGUCCCAUGGAUGUUGACUGGAAUAAAUGGGUGUUUGUUUUUACUGAAACAGAACGCUCUUAAAAUAAAAAGGCUCCAAAAGGCUUCUUCGGCUGUUCUUCUACAUGAAAAACCCCCCCAAAAUCCCCAAAGUCUUCUGCAAAGGGUUCUCCAACGGGGAACAGCCAAAGAACCCUUCUGUAUUCUAGAUCGCAACUUUUUUCUCUCUUUAAGCGUCUAGGAUCGUCGGCCUCCAUUUACAUUCCUGUAUAUAUUUUGCACGCGUUUGAAAUCGGUUGCCAUUGUCGUCAAUAUCUCAUCGUUUUACGUGCCAGUUCCGUCAUAACGGAAUAAGGAACAUUGUAAAAUCAUUAAAUAAAUCCUGACAGUGCCUUGUCAAAUAUUGUAUAGGCAUAGUGUUAAAGAAACCAGUAUUAUAAUUUCAUCAGUAACACACCAGUGUGUAAAUCAUCUAUCUUUUUGGGGGGGGGGGGGUGGGGGUUGAUUUAGCAAAUGGCACCCUAUUCCCUAUAAAGUGCCCUACUUUUGCCCAGAACUUUUGCUCAAAAGUAGUUCACUACAUAGGGAAUAGGGUGCCAUACUGGGAUGUUGAUUUACUGUAUUUUCUGUCAGCCUUCCUUAUGUUGAAGAGACAUGCUGAACGCGGCUCGUACUUGUGCAUGUCUGCCAAAGAUGAUCACGUCGUGGUAUAGCAUUGCUGCUGUAGAUGUUUCUACCAUGUGUAUCUUAUCUUGUCAUUGCAUUUGUUUUGUUUUUUGUACAUUUAUACAGUUUUGAUACUUGAUGGCAUUCUCUUUGGCAAAUGUCUUUGUUUUAUCAAUAUGUAAUAUCACAAUCUCACAUUUCUUAUUGACAACAAUGAAAAAUGCAUCUGGUAUAUAUUGAAACUUUGUCUUAAAAUCAAAGACUUGAAACAAGUUUAGAAUGCUAUUCACUGUACAAAUCGGUAACUAGUUUAGAAUGCUAAUCACUGUAUAAAGCAGUAGUACUCCUAAUAUAAAACAAAUUCAGAGCCAAUGUAGAUGUAUAUAUAUAUUCAAACCUUUCGUAAAGAGAUAUAUUUUUAUGCAAUUAAAGCAUUUGUAAGUUAUUAAAUAUGUUGUGUACAUUUUCAUAUGUAAAUGUCAUGUAAGAUUUAAAAAAAAAAAAAAUGUUUUGUAUUUUUUUCUUUAUUGCCAGUGUAUAAAUCCUUAAUUUAUAUAUAAAAAAUGUCAACUAUGAA